GGAUCUUAAGACGCCCAUAACAGAUUUGGCCGACUUCGCUUUACCAGCCUCGAGCCAAACAUGGACGACACACAUUCAAUUGUUUUAGAGUUACUUUUUUGUGUGGCCUUGAUUACUUCCCCUGUAUAUUCAGACAAUUUUGCACCCCGCAUUCAAGCUACUCCAAAACUUAAAUACGCUGAAGUUGGAGACAUAACACGGUUACGAUGUGCGGUGACAGGGCUUCCACCACCGUCUAUCACAUGGAUCAAGGAUAAACAACCUUUAAAGCUCUCGGAAAGGGUAAGUAAGCUGAACAACGACAAAACCAUAAAGAUAAAAGGAGUCAGACUCGAUGACCAAGGCAACUACUACUGCUUUGCUGAAAAUCCUCUUGGUAAAGUCAACCUGACAUUCGAGCUAAAGGUGCGUCAUAAUCACAAUCUAGCGACGACUGAAUCGCUAUCAGCGUCUCAAAAGCCGACCACUGAAAAGCAGAUUAAAGCAGGAGCACCAAUAUUUAGUGAUCCAAACUUACUGAAGAGAUCGUUCAGGGCAUGGCCUGCAUCACACUCCAUACGACUAAAAUGUCCAGCAAUUGGUGCACCACCGCUCAAAUACAAAUGGUUGAAGGAUGGAAAGGACUUAAAGAAACGACUGAAAAAUGGAAUUGUUGAUACGUCCCUUUGGUACCUGAAAUAUAUUAUGGGUGCAACUGUUAAUACUUCACUUUGGUACCUGAAACUGCGAGAUCUUGUACCCGCUGAUUCUGGGAGAUACACUUGUAUAGUGUCCAAUCUAUAUGGAUCAAUAAAUCACACCUUUACGCUUCAAGUUGUUGCCAGACCUCGGUCGGCUCCAAUCCUACAGACAGGUCUGCCAAAGAACAAAACUGUGCAAGUUGGAGAUAAUGCAACAUUUACCUGUAUUGUUCUUGUUAGUGGAACUCUCCCAGAAUUCAGAUGGCUUAAAUGGAACAAAUUCGUCAAUUCUAUUCCGAAAACUUACAAUGAAAUUUUAAAUGGAUCAUAUCGCCUUGUAGACCCAUACUAUUACAAGACCGUUCGAGUAAAAAGUAAUUAUGGUGUCGAGUUGAAUAUUGUAAAUGUGACUGAGGACGAUUUUGGACUCUACACUUGCUUUGUGAGCAAUCAUAUCGGCAACGAUUUCACUAGUGCAUUCCUCAGCAAAAAUGUGCAACCCAAGGAUGCUGUUACGGGAGAUCUAUUUACAUCAACGGUAUCGACAGUUGGAUUGGCACCAGUGAGUGUGACUGAGAACCACUCAGAUGUUCUUGGAAAACAACACCCUCAGCCGGUUGAUCCUAACCACUCGAGAUACAUUAUUCCGGUAGCGACGCUGUUAUGUGGAGCUGUCAUUGCUGCAACCGUGGUGGCAUGUUGUCUUUGGAAAAAACUAAAAGGAACGUUUCCACGUCAGGCUUUACAGAUGGAUGUAAUUACUUAUUCAGGAGAACCAAGAAAAUUACACAACGAGUACGUCUCCCCACCCCCCCCCCCAAAAUGUGAAUAGACCGUUAGAGUAACUUCGUUUGACCUCAAAAGAACGAACCGUUCGACGUAAACAGAGCCAGCAGACUAGUGAACUUAAAUAUACCCAAAUAGAUUAACCCUUUCCAACAUCAGUAUGCAUAUUCUCCAUACUGUUCUCUAUACAUUUCCUAAGGUGCUGACAAGGAGAAUUUGUUUAACAAUCAAGAGCUCCUUUGACUGUCAUUUUCUUUAUUCUCAUAACCUGAAUGUGUGAUUCAGAGGUGAUGUUGUAAGGAGAAAUUAGAUGCUAGUCACUCUUAGGGGUUAAACGGUUAUAAGGUAGCGAUGGUUGAGAAAUAGCUAAGUUGCCGUAUAGUAACUGUAACGUUCAUCAUACGACUUGACAAUAAACGUGUCGAAAAAAGCAAAUAGAAUC